GCCUCUGAGCCGUGGAGGAUUGUGGGAGGAGGUUGUCUCCAAUUUCUCCUCCCUCUCCCCCCCCCUCCCGGCCAAGAUGUCUGACAUGGAGGAUGAUUUCAUGUGCGAUGAUGAGGAGGACUACGACUUGGAAUACUCUGAAGAUAGUAACUCCGAACCAAAUGUGGAUUUGGAAAAUCAGUACUAUAAUUCCAAAGCGCUAAAAGAAGAUGACCCAAAAGCAGCAUUAAGCAGUUUUCAAAAGGUUUUGGAACUUGAAGGUGAAAAAGGAGAAUGGGGAUUUAAAGCACUGAAGCAAAUGAUUAAGAUUAACUUCAAGUUGACAAACUUUCCAGAAAUGAUGAAUAGAUAUAAGCAACUAUUGACCUAUAUUCGGAGUGCAGUCACGAGAAAUUAUUCUGAAAAAUCCAUUAAUUCUAUUCUUGAUUAUAUCUCCACUUCUAAACAGAAUUCUGAUUUUUUAUGUCAGAUGGAUUUACUGCAGGAAUUCUAUGAAACAACACUGGAAGCUUUGAAAGAUGCUAAGAAUGAUAGACUGUGGUUUAAGACAAACACAAAGCUUGGGAAAUUAUAUUUAGAACGAGAAGAAUAUGGAAAGCUUCAAAAAAUUUUACGCCAGUUACAUCAGUCUUGCCAGACUGAUGAUGGAGAGGAUGACCUGAAAAAAGGUACACAGUUAUUAGAAAUAUAUGCUUUGGAAAUUCAAAUGUACACGGCACAGAAGAAUAACAAAAAACUUAAAGCUCUCUAUGAGCAAUCGCUUCACAUCAAGUCCGCCAUCCCUCAUCCACUGAUCAUGGGAGUCAUCAGAGAAUGUGGUGGUAAAAUGCACUUGAGAGAAGGUGAAUUUGAAAAGGCACACACUGAUUUUUUUGAAGCCUUCAAGAAUUAUGACGAAUCGGGAAGUCCAAGACGAACCACUUGCUUAAAAUAUUUGGUGUUAGCAAAUAUGCUAAUGAAAUCGGGAAUAAAUCCAUUUGACUCACAGGAGGCCAAACCAUACAAAAAUGACCCAGAAAUCCUAGCAAUGACGAAUUUAGUAAGUGCCUAUCAGAAUAAUGACAUCACUGAAUUUGAAAAGAUUCUGAAAACAAAUCACAGCAACAUCAUGGAUGAUCCUUUCAUUAGGGAACACAUUGAAGAGCUUUUGCGAAACAUCAGAACACAAGUGCUCAUAAAAUUAAUUAAGCCUUACACAAGAAUACAUAUUCCUUUUAUUUCUAAGGAGUUAAACAUAGAUGUAGCUGAUGUGGAGAGCUUGCUGGUGCAGUGCAUAUUGGAUAACACUAUUCAUGGCCGAAUUGAUCAAGUCAACCAGCUCCUUGAAUUGGAUCAUCAGAAGAGGGGUGGUGCCCGAUAUACUGCACUAGAUAAAUGGACCAACCAACUAAAUUCUCUCAACCAGGCUGUAGUCAGUAAACUGGCUUAACAGAGAACAAGCUUUCACAGACGUACUUAAUGCAACAGUGCAGAGAUGUAAUCCUUAAAAGAACUGGGAAUGGCAAAACUACUGUCGGUUGAUGUGUCCUGAAAAUUAUUGGAGUUAUGGCAGAAGUGCUUUUUUUGAUCAACUGGUUUGUGUUUUGCUGCUGCAUUUAUCCCAAGAAAAACAGCUUUAAUCUCCAGAAGAAAACCAAAAUGCCAUGGGAUUUAUGCUGUAUUGACAUCUUGCCCUAAAUAUACAACAUCAUAGUAAUUUGUCAUGGGCAACAUGACCAGAGAGAAGAUUUUUGUCAUGAUUUUAAAUACACUGACAUGUUACUGUUGGUUAAAUUUAAACAUGUUUUACCUGCAGAAAUUCUCUCACAAAUAACCUGCAAUAACUUGAAAUGCAUACCCUUUUGAACACUUCCUUUUCUCAUGUAUAAAUUAAAAUGUUUGCUGCAUUUUGCAAAAUGUCAAUUCUCCAAAAAUGUGUCCGUAUAUUUCUGUACCUGCAGUGUAGUAAAGGUUUAGAUGAAACCCCAUAAUUAUAGUGGCAUACUGUCACUUAGGUUUCAAGCAGCAAAAUAAACAGUGCAGCUCAGAAAUUGUAGUUUGGUUCUUGAUGUGUUUUUAUUACAUUUGGGGUUUUUGUUUUGUUUUUUAGUACCUUAGAAAUUUCAAAUUAUUUUAUCUUCAGUUAAUGAUUUUAAAAAGCCUGGGAGCAAGUAAGUUGGUUAUUUGCUUUCAGAUUUUUUAAAGUAGUCUUUAUUGAUAAAGUAAGGAGAACUAGUUUCUAACAAAACACUUGCAUAGUACUUAAUUUGACAGUGAUGCUUUAAAGGAAUAAAAUUCUUUUUUUUUUUUUUCUAAGAAUGAUACUCCUUUUUAAAAAUAAGUUCUAACUCUCAGAAUGUUCACUUUAAACAAAUAUGCCAGAACAUAGACAGCUAAAUGAAUGUUACCCUCUAUAGUGAUCAUGCUGGAAAAUUAUUUCCUAAUUCCAGCAAUCUACCAUUGCUCAAAACCUCUUGGGUUUUACUCUUUUAGAAUUGCAUUCAGAGCUAAUUUAAGUCAUACACACUAUAAGUUUAUGACUCACAUUAAGAAAACAAAAAGUAUUAUCAGGCUUGAUUUUAUUUUUUAUGGUUACCAUCACUUGGCACCAAAUGACUUUGGACAGUUUCCAAAAAUUAAUCUAUCUUUGAGGUAAUAGUAGAAAGGAUGCAGCUAGCUUUGAAGGCAAUCCCAAAAGGGUUUGAAAGGUAUUUUGAGCAGUGGUAGCAUAGGUAGGAUAAUGAACUAUGGCCUUCCAAGGUGACCACCUAAAAGGAAGCAUAGCUCAUUUGAAUGUAUUGAGUUUUGGAUGUAUUUGUUUCAUUUAAAAAAAAAAAAAUCACAUUAUUUUAUAGUGUCAAAAGGAAGAACUAAGAUUAAGAUAAUUUUUGGUUUUUCUAUUGCUUGUCAUUAUGUAAAAAGAAGUGAGUGGCAGUUCAGAAGGAAGACUGUUGUAACUGAAGAAUGACAACCAAGAAUUUUUGAUCAUUAAAUCAGAUUUUAUAAACAGUGGAAGGAGCAUGGACUUAAAACAAGGCAUGCUUAUUCGGUUUUGUCAAAAUUUUACGAAAAUAUGUGAUAUAUAUUUAUACUAAAACUAUAUAAUCCUUAGAUUUAGGAAAGCAAUCAGUUAAUGUCUUUAGCAGAUUAAAGCAGUAUUAAAUACAGGUGCAACUUGGAAAUUGUAGAAAACUGAAAGAAAACGGAAGACAAAAUGUCUCUGGUAGGGAAUAAAAAAGUUUAAGAUAUUAU